UCUUUGACUCUUUGACAGAAGCAUCAUGGCUGCGCCCUGUGUGCAUGUGUACGCAAAGUUACACAGCCUAAUCACCUUGCUUGUGUAAUGUGUUUCCAUGUACAUAGCUUACAAACAUUUUUUCGUGUCUGGAAACAGAGGGCGGUUGUAAAAACAUGGCUCUGCGCAUGUGCGAGUCGCUUUUGUGCAGGACUUUGCGCUUGUCCAGUCUCGCGGCAUCAAUGGAAACUGCGCCACUGCGUCUAAGGACAGCUCAUCAUGGCUGUGCGGUGAGGAACGCUGCGUUUCGCUUUGUUCCCACCUGUUUCAUCUCCACCGAGGCGUUUCUGGAGAGACUGCUGCAGGAACGUACCCUCGGCUUUGCUGAGAAUCCUGCAGGCUCCCCUGCUCAUGCUGCUGUUCCACUGGAUAGAGUUGAACAUUUUUCCUUGAUGCUGAAAGAUCCAGAUCAACCAGAAAAUCCAAAGGUUUUAAGAGUAGCUAUAAUCGGUGCUCCAAAUGCAGGGAAAUCAACUCUGACCAACCAGCUCCUGGGCAAAAAGCUGUUUGCAACGUCCCAAAAAGUGCAUACUACACGAUCUCGUGCACUUGGGGUGAUCACAGAGGACAAUACUCAAAUUAUCCUGCUGGAUACGCCUGGUCUCACUACUCCGUCUAAAGCUAAAAGACAUCAGCUGGAAAAGACCUUUCUUGUGGAUCCACUGAAAUCAUUACGGCAGGCUGAUCUAGUGGUGGUGUUGGUAGAUGUCUCAGACAAGUGGACGCGUAGUAGGCUGGACUUUGAGGUGCUGAAGGGUCUGGCCAUGAACGCACACAUCCCUGCUGUCCUCGUUCUCAAUAAGGUGGACCUCCUGAAGAGCAAACCCUUGCUGCUGGACAUUACCGAAGAACUGACGGAGGGUAUCGUGAACGGCAAGAGGCUGAAAGUGCGCAGUUUAGUGAAGCCGCUCCAGAAGGAAACGCAAGAGAAGCAAACGGAAAAGACUGCAGGUCUGCAGAACGGAGAAGAGCACAUGCCAAAUCCAGAAAAUCAGCUUCUGAAAGGCCCGGACAGAGAGCAGCUGAGGGCCCUGAAGAGUUGUAAAGGAUGGCCACACUUCAAGGAUGUCUUCAUGAUGUGUGCUACAGACGGCGAGGAUGUGCAGACGCUGAAGAGUUAUCUGAUGGUGGAGGCGAAGCCAGGUCCGUGGCAGUACCACAGUGCCGUACUCACCGAUCAGAGCCCAGAGGACAUCUGUACCAACACCAUCCGAGAGAAACUACUGGAGUAUCUUCCUCAGGAGGUGCCUUACACAGUGACCCAGUACAUUGAACUCUGGAGGGAAGCCGCCGACGGCAAUUUGGACAUAUCUGUCAAACUGCAUGUGAAAAAGGACAGCCACAUGAAAAUGGUGAUUGGUCCUGGGGGGCAGCUGAUAGCUCGAAUAGCCCGGGAAGCAGCACUGGACCUCAUGAACGCUUUCAUGUGUGAGGUGCGACUCAAAAUAUCCGCCACUCUGAAGAACUGAAGUGGAUCGAGCUCUGAUCUGCAAGUUUUCUGUUGGUGAAUUUGCUCUGGGAUCUGAAAGAACAAAACCAAAAAACCCCUCCAGCAUGGAGUCCAGACUUUAACAAAGAAAACAAUUCGAGGCUUCAGUUUGUCUCGUGGACAGCAUGUGGACUGUCUUAUCUCUCACACAGCUCUGUGUAUAACAGUCACAUUUGGAACAGAGCCUGCUUUCUGAACUCAAGCUGCUGUUGCAGUGUCCUAGGACUUUUAGCCCCGAGUCUAUUUAUUAUUAGUAAGGUCUUUAUACAGAAUCUCAUUUUAGCAGCGGGAUACAUCAUGAAUAAAUCAGCAUUGUUCCAGAACGGCUGAAAAUGUGUCCUGGUCAGAAUUGCUGAUGAGGUUCAAGCAGAGUUGAGACACUUUACAGGGAACUUUUGCCUCUAAUGGUCUCAGUUCCUUAUCCAAGCUGUCCAGACCUGUUUUUGACCCCGGAUUCUCAUUCAGCUCCAUCAGAGAGCAGUCUUUCAAUCAUCCUGGUGGUUGUUCUGUCCACAUUAUUAAUUGUAACUGAACUUUUUAGGUUAUAUAAUAAAACUGUAAUGUGAUGAUUGAUAUGGCAAAAAAUAUUUAUAUAUAUAUAUAUAUAUAUAUAUAGAUAGAUAGAUAGAUAGAUAGAUAGAUAUAGAAAAAAAAGCUACAAAAAAAAUUAACAAAAAUAUUUUUGGUACAAAAAGCUAAUUAACAACUCUUAAAUUUAUUUAACCAGCAUUUUAUAUAUAUAUAUAAAUUUAAAUAAAUUUAAAGAGUUGUUAAUUAGCUUUUUGUACCGAAAAUCUAAUCUCUGUAUCUCUUUUUUUUUAACUUCUAAUGCCUUUGAAUAGUAAAAAAAAAUGCUUUCUGUAAAAAGGCAAUGAAAAAACACUUUAUUACUGUAAGGUCAGUCCUUUCAGUAGGAGAUUACUCCACUGUAGAGAAAUAAAACACACAAAAUAAAUAAUAAAACCAGACAUUAACCAGAAAGUCAUUCUUUCUCGUCUACUGUAUAAAGCAUGUAGUGGAAAAGCUCUUAUGUGAAACUGGUUUUUUGUUCACAUUUUUUUGGCUGAAUGUUUUUCAUUGGCUGAACUUGUGUAUCGCUUAUUUAAGUACUGAAUAUGGAAAAUUAAUUAAAUGAACCCGUUGAUCCUGGAAUACAUUUCAACUUCCAGUCAGUUACUUAUACAGUGUAGUCAUAAACCCCCCAGCGCCUGAUUACUAUCCAUAAUACUCAUAAAAUUGUAUAAUGAUGUUAAUAUAAUGUAAUAUCCCUGAUAUCAUAUUGUUAUAUUACCAGCGGUGCCCUUCAGUUAUUUAUGUGCUACAUAGGAUUUUAUUUAGUUUUUUGCCAGCUCUUUGCCGUCCUUCCCUCUCUCAGUUCCUGCUUGUCUUUCACAGCUGCUAGAACUUAACUAAAGGCGCAGCCCCACAGGGCUACAUUACCCCUCUAAUGGAGCUCUAACCUGCCACUAAAAUGGGCACACACUGGCCGGGAUGCAUUUGUUCUUGUAUCCUCCCCUGUGGUUGAACCUGGCAGGCAGUCACUUCUUAUCCAGGCCAUGGUGAUGGAUCGCUAAUUCAUAGAUAAGCUAGCCCAAAGCAAGGUCUCUCUCUCUCUCUCUCUCCCUCUCCCCCCUUUCUUGCCGAGUUAUUUGAGGUCAGCGACAAUAAGAAAAAUAUUACACUAUAUUGUGUGUAAAUAAAAUAUGGAUUUGAAGAAUGUGGAGAGCUAUUGAUUCAGCUGGAUGUGUUUAUUGAGCCAUAGUACAUUAUUGAUAGUAUUCAGCACAUAAUAUUUGCUAUUAUCAGUACUCAGUCAAGGAUGCCAAUUCCUUCCUCAAGGCACCCAAUGCAAAAAAACUCAAAAACUGAUGACCUGAAAUGG